AUCAAAGCGACCGGACUGUGCACGGGUGACUGCAGACCUCACGACUUUGAACGAUUUUCUGUUUUGAUUAUUUGUUUUUUUUUUUUUUACUCAAAUAUUUUAUUAUAUUGUUUGUUGCUUGGAUAGAUUUUUUUCACGAUUUUUUUUUCUAAGCAAACACUUAACAGUAUUUUAAAUAUUAUAAUAAUAUAACAAACAGUAAAAUUGCAAAUUACGAGGAUUUCCGCAGUGAACCAAAGAGUCCCGAGCACAAUAAUAAAAGAGGAUUGUACAGGAUGCCUGCCGAUAUCGAAGUCAUGGAUAAGUUCGACUCGAACAGCCAGAGCACAACUCAUGAUUUCUCGGAAAUUCAAUCUUUUUACAAUGGUAUGACGGUUUUUUUGACUGGCGCCACUGGAUUUGUGGGUAAAUUAAUACUGGAAAAACUAAUCAGAACUUGUUCCGGAGUUAAACAAGUUUAUGUUUUGAUCAGAGAGAAAAAAGGAAAAACUACAGAAGAUAGGUUUAAAGAACUCUUCAAUGAUCCAGUAUUCGAAUUAAUGAAAAAAGAACAACCCAACUAUUUGGAAAAGAUCACAGCAGUAAUCGGUGAUUGUUGUUUACCUAGUUUAGGAAUAGAAGAGAAAUACAGGAACAUGUUGAAAAAUGAAGUUAAUAUUGUUAUACACUCCGCCGCUACAGUAAGAUUUGACGAGCAUUUAAGAAAAGCAGUUAACAUCAAUAUAAUCGCCUUGCAGGAUAUGCUGAAAAUGAGCCAAGGAAUGAAACACUUAAAGGCUUUCGUUCAUAUUUCAACAGCUUAUUCGAAUUGCGCCGGGAGAAAAGUCGUGGAUGAAGUAUUCUACAAGCCACCAAUAUCUGGAGACAAUUUGUUUCAGCUCGUGAACUGUCUUGACGAUGACUACAUCAGCAGAAUUACUCCUUCAGUGCUGAAAGAGUGGCCAAACACAUAUGCGAUGACAAAAGCAAUUGCUGAAGGCGAAAUUGCAACAUACGGUAAAGGGUUACCCAUCGGAGUGGUAAGGCCAUCUAUUAGUGAGUAUAAUGCAUAUUAUAUAAAUACGCCGUUGAUCCUAUAUGAUAUUACAUUGAAGUGGCGCAACCAGAAACAGCAUAAAAAUUCCAAUCAUGAAGUUGAAGCAGACGGUUUGAAUGAGGAACAGUACGUGCCACCAAUUUACAAUGUGGUUUCUUCAAGCUCCAACCCUUUAACAUGGAAAGAAUUUUCAAUCUACAACAAAAAAUAUGGACUCCAAUCGCCCUCCAUAAAAGCGAUUUGGCCAAUUAUGUUGAGGCUUUCCAAAAAUAAAUACGAAUAUACAAUCUUAUGUUUUCUUCUCCACAUCUUACCCGCGUUCUUCAUCGAUUCCCUGGCCAAGUUGAUGGGAAAAAAGCCACAAUUAAUGGACGCAUACAAGAAAAUGCACAAAUUUUCCGAAGUCGUAGCGUACUUCGCCCUACAGUCGUGGAUGUUCCACGACAACAACACGACAUCGCUGAUGAAAAAGAUGUCAAAACUGGACCAGUCCCUAUUUAGGUUCGACAUGACCAAAUUAGAUUGGAACGAGUAUUUCAAAAACCACGUUUUGGGCAUUCGACUGUACAUCGUGAAAGAUUCAAUAGACACGAUACCGGAAGCGAUAAAACGAAAUAAAAAAUUGUAUAUGAUUCACUACACGUUGAUGUCCUUUUUGGUGGCAUUACUGAUGUUAGUAGUAUACGAACUGUUCCUACUAUUCGUGUAGGUAAUUCAAACCUCGGUCGUCCUAAACGGAAAUAUUAUAACUGUACAUAACAAACAUAUUUGUAGAAUGUAUAUGUUGGGUAUAUUUUUCACCUAAUUGUCGUGAAAUUUGUUUUGUGUCUCAUCACGAUGUAUUUUACUAUUCGUAAAGUUGUAUAAUUUCAUGAAAAUAUUUAUACCGUAAUUUAUUUAAAAUUCAAUUAACUUCAUUUUAUUCAAUAUCUGUCGUUGUACAUACUCGAUAUUGUAUGCAUACACGCUACUUUAUUAAAAUAUUAUGUAGGUAUAGUGUCUGUAUUUAGUGUAAGUGGAAUUAAUAAUAAUUAUUGUCAAU